AUGUCUUCCAACAGCUCUUCCAACAGCAUUCUUGGUCUUUCGGAGAAGGAGAUCAAACUCGCCCUCUGCGCUCUGAAGGUCCUGCUUAUCGAUGGAAAGGUUGAGAAGGGCCACCUUGCCAGACUGACCGGUCACAAGAACCCUGACUCGGCCCAUCGCGUCUGGUACAUCGUCAAGAACAAGCUCAUGGAGACCAACACCUCCCCGUCCGGAUCCGCGACCUCCGUCGUUGAUGUCGACACUCCGACCAAGGGACCCAAGAAGACUCCUGCCAAGAUGCGCACCCAGACGCCCAAGAAGCGGUCCAAGAAGCAGACUCAGGAUGACGACGAGGAUGACGCGGAAAUUGAUGAGAAGCCGGCCAAGCGCGUUAAGAAGGAGGGCCUCGAGGAUGCAGGCGUGGAGUUUAAGGACGAGGUUUAG